AUGACCAUCGGGAGGGCUGCAGGAGCCCUCAGUGUAGGCGCUCAGUGGAGCCGUCAGGUGUUUCCCCCUAAAUCCUCCUCGGACUCGGAGACAGAAGAGGAGCUGUCUGGAGAUGGACUGGUUUUGCCCAGGGCUGGCAAACUGGAUGACUUCCUCAGCCCAGAGGACUUGACACUUUCGGAUUCCGACUCAACUGGGAGCUUUUCCGAGACCCUGGAGGUACUAAAGCAGAAAGGCAGGUGGUGCCUGUUGGAAUCCCUUUUUCAGUCUGACCCAGACAGUGGUGAGAACUUCUCCGAAGAUGAGGAGGACCUGGAGAGUUUCUUCCAAGACAAAGGCAGGGGGAAGCCACAGGUCCAGGACCCACUGUCUCCGAGGUGCAGCUCCACGAGGCGCUGCAGCUCCCUGAGCAGCCUUCCCUCCGACGAUCCCAAGAGUCAGCCCCAGCCACCCCCAGGCUCCAGGCCCCCCUCGCAGCACAGAAGCAUCAGCUCCUGGGUGUCUUCCAUCACGGUCCCCCGGCCGUUCCGCAUGACACUGCGUGAGGCCCAGAAGAAGGCCCAGUGGCUGGCCUCCCCUGCCUCCUUUGAGCAGGAGAGGAAGCAGGCCCAGCGGCAGGGGCAGGAGGAGGCCGAGUGCCACCGGCAGUUCCGGGCGCAGCCGGUGCCCGCGCACGUCUACCUGCCCCUCUACCAGGAGAUCACGGAGCGCAACGAGGCCCGCAGGCAGGCAGGGAUCCAGAAGAGGAAGGAACUGCUCCUCUCCUCCUUGAAGCCCUUCAGCUUCCUAGCGAAGGAGGAGCAGAGGAAGGAAGCCGCUAAACAGAGGGAGCUGGCCGCCACAGCCAAGGCCAAGGUCCCCAAGCAGAAGGCCACCAGAAGGAUUCCCAAGUCUAUUCUGGAGCCAGCCCUCGGGGACAAACUCCAAGAAGCGGAACUCUUCAGGAAAAUUCGCAUCCAGAUGAGAGCCCUAGACAUGCUCCAGAAGGCCGCCUCCCCUAUCGCCCCCUCCGGCGGCCGGGCGAGCCCACAGCCGCGCGCAGCUACCCGAACCCAGAAGGAAAAGCUUGCGUUUCUGCACAUGGACUUUGGAUUCCAGCCUCGUGUGAAUCCUGCCGUCCCUGACUACGAAGGCCUUUACAAGGCCUUCCAGAGAAGAGCUGCCAAGAGAAGGGACACCAGAGAGGGGACUCGCAACAAGCCCUUCUUGCUGAGGACUGACAGCCUGCGUCGCACUCCGCGGUCCUGUGAUGCCACCACAUCUGGAGGGAGAAGGGACUCUCCACAGCCACCAGCCACACCCCUGCCAAGGAGCCAUUCUCUGAGUGGCCUUGCUUCCCUCUCUGCCAACACCCUCCCUGUGCACAUCACAGACGCCACCAGGAAGAGGGAAUCUGCGGUCAGAAGUUCACUUGAAAAAAAGGACAAAGCAGAUGGGAGUACUCAGUGGUUGGAGAUGCACAAAAAGAAGUGUCAAGCGAUGUCUAAAUCCGUGACCUUGCGCGCCAAAGCCAUGGAUCCCCAUCAAAGCCUGGAGGAAGUGUUCAAAGCAAAGCUGAAAGAGAAUCGGAACAAUGACCGUAAAAGAGCAAAAGAGUAUAAGAAAGAAUUGGAAGAAAUGAAGAAGAGAAUACAGACAAGGCCCUACCUCUUUGAACAAGUUAGCAAGGACCUUGCCAGAAAAGCUGCAGAACAACGGUAUCGAGACACCCUGAAGCAGGCUGGGCUCGAUGAAGACUUUGUGAGGAGCAAGGGUCAGGGCAGCCGGGAUGAACAGCAGCGGGGGCAGUCAGAAAGCAGUGAUUGUCCCAGCACCCAUGAAACUACAAAACUCAGCACCAGAAAUCCACAGCAGGAUUUAGAAGAAUCUCUACAAGAGCCUACAAGCCCCAAGAAAGAACUGGAAGAGCUGUCUUAUGAACUACUAGAUAAUUGCAAAUCACUUGCUUAAU